AUGUCGCGACGAGUGCGCGUCGUACCGGGCUCUUGCUGGCCUUGCAAGAAACGCCGUGUCCGAUGCGAUCUGACGAAACCCGCAUGCCGACGCUGCAUCGUCGAUGGCGCGUCAUGCGACUACAAUGCGCAGCUCAUCCGAUGGAGCACCCGGCCGAGCGUCAAUCUGUCUCAACCUCUGGCCGAGAUGGCUGCUUCGGCCACACGCCGCUCGCCGUGUCUCAAAAUCGGACCGCCCCUCGCCAAUGACGAGCAGCGCGCCCUUGGCUAUUUCCAGGGCCGCGUCUGGCCCCUCCUGACGACCGUCCCCAACCCGUGCGCCCCGCCUACACCUGUCGCCAUGCAGCACCGUGUCGUGCUGCUCUCCAUGUGCGUCUUUGCUGCCUCGCAUCGCUACCUCCAGGACGGCCGCGGCGCCGAGCUCAUCACGCCGACCCGGUCCGAGUGUCUGCAGGUUCUGCGCACACAGGUCGGUGGCUGCUGCAAGGACAACAACGACAUGCUGCCGACGCUGCUGUUCGCCGUGCUCCUGCUCUACCUGCAUGACGGCCUCGUCGAGGGAUCGGCCACCUCAGCCACCAUGAAGCACCACGUCGGUGUGCUCGCCAUCCUCGACCAGCUCGGCGGCCUGACCAAGGUCGUCGGCAAGGGCCAGGAGUCGAUGGACAUGCUGUUGUCCGAGUUUGCCUCGGCCGAUCUGACGACGGCGCUCCUGCAGCAGCGAACCCCCGGGUUUGCACCCCACGUCUGGGAUGUCAUCGACGAGGGCUCCGUCUGGUGGGGCAGAGACGCCAAGGGCCGGUGCUCUCUAGCAGCCGUCUUCCACGAUAUGGCGACGCUCGCCACCUACCACGAGGCCGUCAGGACUGGCGCCGAAAGCCUCUCGGUUGACCGCAUUCGGGCUUUCGAGGCCAGCUUGCAGCCCGUGUACGCGCCACUGACGACGGAGGAUCUCGGGUCGGACCUGGAUGGCGGGCAGCCGCUGCCCCUUGGCCAGGGCGAGAUUGAGGCCGUCGAGGCAUUCAAGCUCGUGCGUGCCUUUCAACGGACGGCACUGAUCUACCUCUACCGCGUCAUCUGCGGACUGCCGACAUGCCACGCGCUUGUGCAGCAACACGUCGAACCGUGUCUCGACGGGCUGUUUGAGGUCCACCCAUCUUCCCACAUUUAUCACUGCGUCAUCUUCCCGCUCUAUGUCGCCGGCGCCCACGCGCAAACAAGUAAGCGCAGGGCUGGCGUGUCUGACAUGGUCUCGGGCAUUUUCAAUGACAUGCGGUUUGGUUCGGUGCGCGCCAUCGGCGAGGCACUGCGUGAUGUCUGGAGGCGUGACGCGGAACGCAUGUCGUGGGCAGACAUGUUUAGCUUUCUAAGCCCGUAUGCCGUCGUUCUGUGA